AUGUAUCAAUUCAGCAAAAGAGUGAUUGCUCAUAUUGGAGAUGAUAGUACUAUUAUUCUCUCAUCACUUUUAGUGAAGAUCAAACUAUCAUCUCAACUAUCGUGGAAUCAAAAUGGCACCACAGUUGCAGGAAAUGCAUCUGGGAAAAAAGGAUCCUCACUCUCAGAACUCGAUGGUCCCAUCGGUAUAUCAAUUACAGACAACGAUGUUCUUUAUGUUUCGGACUCUCCUAAUCAUCGAGUCCUUGUUGUUGAUCUUUCUCAAACUACCAACAUCUUUGCUAUCGGCUCUGAUCAAGGUUCUGCACUCGGCCGUUUCAACCAGCCUAUUGAUGUUUUCGUUUUCAAUUCAUCACUCUACGUCACAGACGAACACAAUAACAGAAUACAAAAUAUGAGACUGGAUGGUUCUAAUCUCACUAUGGCGUAUAACACAACCAGUCUAGGACAACCGUUCUAUCUUUAUGUUGACUCAUAUGAGAAUGUUUAUGUCACGUCCAGGACCACUCAUUGUGUGUUUGUUUUUCCACCUAAUUCUACAAAUGGCACGAGAGUUGCUGGAAAUGGGAUUCAAGGAUCUACUAAUGAACAACUCGAUUGGCCAUAUGGAAUAUUUGUGAGCGACAAUGGUACCAUCUAUGUUGCAGAUCGCAAUAAUCAUCGAAUCAUGAAAUGGCUCGCAGGAGCGUCAUCUGGCAUCCGUGUGGCUGGUGAUGGAACAUCUGGUUACAGUUUAACACAAGUGAAUUCACCUACGGAUGUGGUUGUUGAUGAAAAUGAAUUCAUGUAUAUCACUGAGGCGGGUAGCUCGCGGAUCACCCGAUGGGCUCCUAACUCAUCCUGUGGAACAUGUAUCGUUGCAUGUUCGGGGACAACAGGAACUGGACCAAAUCAACUCAACCAGCCUCACUCGUUAGCAUUCGAUAGUUUUGGUUCACUCUAUGUGAGCGAGUGGUCAAAGAAUAGAGUGCAAAAGUUUGAACUUCUCAACUAUCCGGUUCCAUAUAAUCAACCGAAUCUCGACUCCAAUGCAACAUGGAGUGAGUGUGGUGUGACUUUCAUCGAUAACACUACCUUUCGCUCAUUUGAGCGCGGCUUUUUCAUCGAUUCAAAUGACACUCUUUAUUUAGUUGAUUAUGUCAGUAGUCGAAUUCUCAUCUGGCACGAUCAUACUACUAAUCCAUCGCGUGAACUAUCUGCUACUUUGUUCGAAUACACUGGUUUAUUUGUGACACUGAAUGGCGACAUUUAUUUUCAAAAUGGUACCCAAACAGGUCGCAUCGACAAGUUUUCAUCAAACUCAAACACCAGUCAAUUUGUGACGAUGUUUUCAGGAAACUGCUAUGGUCUUUUUGUAGACAUUCGGAAUACUCUCUACUGUUCUCUCUAUAAAGAACAUCGAGUAGUGGCAGUAUCACUUUCUGAUAACAAUCGUUCAGCGGUGACAAUAGCAGGAACAGGAUCAGCAGGAUCACAAUUACAUGAGCUUCAGUAUCCUUGGGGAAUAUAUGUGGAUAUCAAUUUUAACCUUUAUGUGACUGACGAGGUAAACGAUCGAAUUCAGUUAUUUCGACGAGGAGAACGGAAUGGAACUAUUGUUGCUGGAAAGAACAUUCCAAAUGGUUUGACAUUGAAUAAGCCGACGGAUGUGGUAUUGGAUGGAAAUGGAUUUUUGUACAUAGCUGAUAAUAAGAAUAAUCGUAUAAUUCGAGUAGGUGAUGGUAACUUUGAGUGCAUUGCUGGCUGCACGAAGACACCAGGAUCGGCAUCAAACCAACUUAACUUUGCAUACGCUCUUCGACUAGACAGUGUGGGAAACCUGUAUGUUGCUGACGAAGCAAAUUAUCGCAUCCAAGAAUUCAGUGUGUCAAGUAGUUCAUGCCAAACAUCUCCUUUCGUCACCACUGCGGUGACGUCCACACAUCCAAACAAUUCAACAUCAUUGUUCUGGAAUCCACAUUCAUGUGGUAUUAAUACCACAGACAUUGGUUCAUAUUGUAACAUCUCUGGCAACAUUUGCCAUGUACAAAAUCCCUGUCUCAAUACUGACAAUUGCACUAGUCUGAACAAUAAUCAAGACUAUUAUUGUUCAUGUCCACUUGGUUUCUCUGGUAAACGAUGCCAAAAUGAUGAACGUCCUUGUAAACCAAGCACCUGUCUCAACAAUGGUAUUUGUAAUACGACAUCGACCUCCAUCUUCAACUGCACAUGUUCAUCUGGUUACGAAGGAGCGAGAUGUGAAACGAAGAUCAACUAUUGUUGGACUGUGACAUGCAAAAAUAGAGGUGUUUGUCGUCCAUUGUUGGGUGGAUAUAAAUGUGAAUGUCUUAGCGGAACAGAGGGUGAACAUUGUGAACAAGUAACAACAAAGCUUCUGAUUUACCGGAUUAUGUCAAAAUCUUUUGCUUUCAUUGCGAUCGUGGCAAUGGGAAGUGUCGCACUGUUUGUGAUCGUGAUGGAUGUACUUAAAUACUUUUUUGGUAUUGACGUCACACGGCGUGAAAGGGAAGAAAUUCGACGAGAGCGUGGAGAAAAACGACGUAAACCGUUGAUUGGACGAUUCGUUUAUGUAAAUGCAAUACCUGCUCGAACUAAAGAAACACUUUAA